AUGAGGACCUUUGGCUUUGUGACCACAGAGACUCAGGUGGUGUGCCUUCAGAUUCACACCACUCCAAAAGCCGUGAACAGAGGAAGAUACUUGGAAAGCAACCUCAUGGAGGAUUCCCAGAAUUCAGAGGAGAAAUGCAAGCAUCCCUGGAGACAACAAGUCUGUGACCUUGCACUGCAUUUGGUGACUCUCAGUCCAUCCAAGAAGGUGAGAGGAGAGCCCACCACCAGCAUGAAGCACCUGCUGUAUGCCAGGGGAGAGAUGGUCAAGGAUAUUCGCAAAUACUUCUCUGAGGAAGAGUGGGCAAACAUGGGAAAAUCAGAGAAAUUAACCUAUGUCAGCAUGAAGAAAAGCUACGAAAUCAUGACUUCUCUAGGUCUCACAGCCAAACUCCCAGAUUUUAUGCGCCCUAAGAAUCGGGCCACAGAAUUUCCUGAGCAUAAUUCUGAUGAAGCUCAGAACCCCGGGAAUCAGGGAAUCAGGAAAGAAAAGACUAAUGUCUGGGCCCACAGGCUGAGGGAAAGAAAGUACCAUAUUGUGUAUGAAGAGAUCAGUGACCCCGAGGAAGAUGACUAA